UGGUGCUGCCACGUUACGUCACGCGGCGCUACCAAGUACCAACCAAACCAACCACACGCUCGCUCGCACCGGGCCGACCGGUCGCCGACGGCCGAUGGCCUCCUCCCUCCGCCAUUUCGCCGGCCCCGCCUGCAUCCCCGCCCCCGCCCCCGCCUCCGCCGGGGCCGGGGCGUCCGGCGCCACCUGCUUGCUGCGCCGCUACACCCCCGACUUCUGCGCCUUCGCGGCGCUCCGCCCGAUCAGGCCCGCCGCCGCCUUCUCCGCCGCGAAUCCACUCGCCUCUCCGGCCGAGCACGAGCAGCGCCAGCAGCAGCAGCAGGCCGUCCCGUGCCACGACGGCGACCCACCGGCCCCGUCGCCGUCGCCAUCGCCGCCGCCGCCGCCGCCGUCCCCGGCCCCGGCGCCGCUGCGGGUGGGGAUCGUCGGGUUCGGCAACUUCGGGCAGUUCAUCGCGGGGGGCAUCCAGCGGCAGGGCCACGCCGUGCUGGCGGCCUCCAGAUCCGACUACUCCGACUACUGCGCCGGCCGCGGGAUCCCCUUCUUCACGAGCGUCGACGCGCUCUGCGAGGAGCAGCCGGACGUGCUGCUCAUCUGCAGCUCCAUCCUGUCCACGGAGGCCGUCGUCCGCGCCAUCCCAUUCCACAAGCUCCGCCCCGACACCAUCGUCGCUGACGUGCUCUCCGUCAAGCAGUUCCCUCGCAACCUCCUCCUCGAGAUUCUUCCACUGGGGUUUGGGAUUGUCUGCACGCACCCGAUGUUCGGGCCAGAGAGCGGUAAAAAUGGCUGGGGUAAGCUCCCAUUCGUCUACGACAAGGUUAGGGUGACAGAAGAUGGGGAUCAAGCAGUCAAAUGCGAACAAUUCUUGAGCAUAUUUGAGCAUGAGGGAUGUAGGAUGGUGGAGAUGUCAUGCGCGGAGCAUGAUCGCUAUGCCGCAGGAAGUCAAUUUAUCACACACACAAUUGGGAGGGUUUUGUCACAACUGAACCUAAAGACAACUCCAAUUAACACAAAGGGUUACGAGAGCUUGUUGCAACUUACUCAUAACACUGUAAGUGAUAGUUUUGAUCUAUACUAUGGGCUUUUUAUGUACAAUAUCAAUGCCACGGAGCAGCUUGAUAAUUUGGAGCGGGCAUUUGAGAGUGUGAGACAGAUGUUGUAUGGUCGGCUCCAUGAUUUACUACGAAAGCAAAUCGUGGAGAGAGUCCCCGUGACAACGAUCUCUUCAGAAAAAUUGGAAAAUAGCAGGUCAAAUUCUUUCGCAACAUCUCCCUUAUCGCCUAUAAUAACAGAAGAGAAUAAACAUGUAUCUUCAAUUACUUCUGUAGCAUCUCCUACUAAUAUUUUACAACCUACCACUUCCAGUACAGGGUAAUGGUAAAUUAGUAUAUCUAGCUAUUGUUGUUUUGUUGUACAUUUAUAUUUUGUUGUGGAAGAUACACGUGUGAAAUUGUAUAGUUGUUAGUAUUGACGGGUGGAGUAAAAUCAUUGCUUUGCUUAUUUA